AAUUGUGAAGACUAAAGAACAAUUGCCGCUACUAUUGGCGUCUUCUUUAUUCUUCAAUCUCCAUUGUUGUUUUUCUUUUCAAUUCUCUUACAUUCAUUAUUUCAUUUACACUUUUAUAUUACUUGAUAACAGGUACUCAGUCAUAUUCAUCUAGCUUAUACUUACAUGGCUCGAUUUCGAAAUAGGAAAAGGAGCAAGAUAGUUGUUAAGUCGAAUUUGAAAAACAAGCAGCUUCCUACUGUUGAUCAAGUUACUGGGAAGAAGAUACCCCAAAAUUUUGUAUUCUCUAGAACAAAGCUUCCUUCUUCUUUACGACAACUUGAAAUGGAUUUGAGGAAAUUGAUGCUUCCUUAUACUGCCCUUAAGCUCAAGGAAAAAAAGAGGAACAAUAUCAAGGACUUUUUGAAUGUUGCUGGACCUAUGGGCGUAACUCAUUUCCUGAUAUUGUCUAAAACCCAUACUGCGCCAUUUUUGAGAGUUGCAAAGAUCCCACAGGGUCCAACUCUUACAUUUAAAAUCCACAAAUACUCAUUAGCUGUGGAUGUUGCUCAAUCUCAGUUGCGGCCUCGAUGUCCACAAGAUCUUUUCAAAAAUUCUCCAUUGCUUGUUUUAUCCGGCUUUGGCACUGGAGAGGAACAUUUAACUCUGACAACUAGAAUGUUUCAGCACAUGUUCCCUACUAUUGAUGUUAAUACAGUAAAACUUUGUCUCUGUCAGAGAAUAGUAUUGAUGAAUUAUAACAAAGAAACUAAACUUAUAGAUUUCCGGCAUUAUUCUAUAAGAUUACAACCUGUUGGUGUGUCACGGAGGAUAAGAAAAUUUGUGCAGAAUCAUCAGGUGCCUGAUUUAAGAAACCUGCAGGAUGUGAGUGAUUUUGUUACCAGGACUGGUUAUGGAUCUGAAAGUGAAGCUGAUGAAGAAGCUGCAACUGUCAACCUCAUGAGUGAUCUUGGUAGAGUCAACCAUGCAUCUACGAAAAGUGCUGUUAAACUUCAAGAGAUUGGACCAAGGAUGACUCUUGAACUGAUCAAAAUUGAGGAGGGACUGUGUACUGGUCAAGUGCUGUUCAGUAUCAAUGAAAACAAUGGUAAAGUGAGAUCUGACGAGAAAAAUGAAGAAGACGAAGGAUUAGAAGGGGAAAGCGACGAGGACGAGGACGAUGGGGAAGACGAGGAAGAAUAGUUUGCUGAAAACAGCCGGAGAGUGAACAUUGCCGAGUUGCAGGUUACAAAAUUUUUUGUAUGUUUACUUGAGUGGAAUUAGGAAAUACAUUUGCUAAACUUGUAGUUACCUUUCUCUGUCUUUCAUGUUCACCUUAUAGUUUUUAUACUUUUUAAUUUUGUUCAUUUUCAAAAUUUCUCCAUCAGUUUAAAUUCAUUUUUUUCUCACUUUUUUAUUUAAUAUUCUUAAAUAUCAUAAAUGAUAUUUUUGUUUUUACAAGGAUGUGUAUAUAUAUGACUUUUUAGAUUCUAUCUAUGAGAGCCAACUUUGAGGUGUUGCAAAUC